AUGAAUGAGGAAGGAGUGAACAUCAAGGAACUGAUUAACGCAAGGUUUCAGAAUCCGAAGUUUGUGUAUGAUGGCAAGAGGAUGCGAGUGUUACAGGAAAGAAAAGUCGUGGAUUAUACAUCUGGGAUAUGCACACAGAGGAACAAGCGAUGGAUUGAGCCACUGCUUGUCAGCACAGGAUUUGACUUGUCAGCACAGAUUCUGAACUUGAAGUCGCCUGAACUGUGCUACAAUGAUGUUUCAAGCUUGAUUACCACGAAGAUUGAGCAUGUGAGUGUGAACAAAGUGAAAUGUCCGGUGAAUGUUGUGAAGUGGACGCCUGACGGGAGAAGACUGAUGAGUGGAACAGCCACAGGUGAGUUUACACUAUGGAAUGGAUAUGGAUGUAACUUUGAAACGAUUCUGCAGGCUCACGAGUCUCCGGUACGGGGGAUGUGCUGGUCUCCAUCAGGGUCUUUUUUGAUAUCUUCUGACAACUUUGGAAUAAUAAAGUACUGGCACCCGUCGAUGAACAACAUUCAGAUUAUCCAGGGACACACAGAGGCGGUUCGAGAUCUUUCAUUUUCUCACAACGACAGCAAGUUCUGCUCUGCAUCUGACGACUCUACAAUAAAGAUCUGGGAUUCAAUUGAGGCGAAGGAGGAGUCUGUUCUCAAAGGACACAACUGGGACGUGAGAGCAGCACAAUGGCAUAGGUAUAAGUCACUAAUAGCAAGUGCAGGAAAGGACAAUCUUGUCAAGAUGUGGGAUCCACGGAUUGCUGAGGAGCUGUGCACGCUACAUCAUCACAAGAACACCAUACUUGCACUGAAGUGGAUGGGAGAUGAGAACUAUCUCCUCACGGGAGGAAAAGAUCAGGUAAUCAAGAUGAUUGAUAUCAGGACGAUGACUGAUGUGUUUACAUAUAAGAACCACAAGAAGGAGGUUACAUCGAUAGGCAUACAUCCGAGGAUUCCAGAUGUGUUUGUGAGUGGGGGGACAGAAGGAGGGAUAUACUUCUGGCAGGCAUAUAAUCAAGAGCCGCUGGAAAUAAUUGAUGAGGGGCACGAAGGGACUGUCUGGUCUUUGGAGUAUCAUCCUGUGGGACAUAUGCUGGCUUCUGGAUCGGUGGACCAAAGCGUCAGGUUCUGGGUUCGUCCAAGGCCUGAUGAGAAUGUAGAGCCUACUAACGGAGGAAUGGCAGAUACAGAAAGAAUGGCCUACAAUGAGGAAACAAUACCUGGACUGUGA